AUGCAUAGGGCUAGCUGUGUAUACACAGCAAAACUACGAAGCCAUCGAUUACAGAAAAUAAACAGAUCGUCUGACUCACUCGACUAAACCGUACGACUAUUGCUGUGUCGUCGUCGUAAGUAUGGCUGCAGCCGGUGGAGAAGGCGAUAACGGCGAGAAAUCGGGGUUCCGGUGCCUAGACGCGGCGAGGUACGUGGCUGCCGCCGUGGUAAUCGUGCUGAUUGUCGCCGUCGUCGUCAACGCCAUCAAGGCGGGCAAGGACCUUGUGUCCUUCGAGUUCACCCUCCGCGCCGUGAACCCCAGCGGCCGCGUCCGUCUCAACUUCUACGACAUCCUGGCCUACAUCUUCGACAACAGCACGCUGGCGUCGGCGACGACGUCGACGCCGGCCGACGACUGCAGCAUCCUCGUCAACACGGCCAACAUAACUCUGAAGCCGAGGGCGUACGUGGACAACACCAAGACAGUGAUCUUGGGUGACGACCCUACCAAAAUCAGGCACUCCUUCUUCCAAGCAUUGAACAAGCCAGGAGGCAGGGUGGUCGGCGCGACGAUGAGGGUGGAUGGCAGCCUCGUCAGCGAGACCGGGCUGGGCUUCAGCACGAGCGCCCCACGGCGGAUCGUCCUUUACUGCCGGGACCUCAUAGUCGGCCCGGUGGACAAGGCGGCUACGGCCACUCAGGAGACGACCUGCACAGCAUCGUAGGAUAUGCAUCAUCGUCGUACGUCUAUCGAUUUGGUCGAUCGCCAUCGUUUUCAUUCCCCGCCCCGGCCGUGUUUCUUCUUUUCUUUGCCUUUUCGCCCUGUUAUUAGUUCAAUCUGUGUAUUUUCCUUUUCUCGAACAUGCAUACCAUGUGUUUUAAUUAUGAACGAAGAGGGAAUAAUGUUCAAUCUAUGUGUGUAUCUGUAUCAUGCGUCUUACUGUCUUCAGUAACCGCCAAGAUUUGUAAUGCAUACAUAAGCAGCACUAUAAA